AUCCGAAAUUUUUGACCACACCCUGUAUAUACUUAAACAUAUUAAAAGUCGUGAUUACAAGGUUCACUCAAAAAGUUUUUUUUCUUUUAUUGUUUACAAAUGUUAUAGUUUUAUGAUAUCAUUUCCGGGUUGGGAAGGUUACCGAGUUCGUUCUAUCUAUAAAUAUGAAUUAUUACGGUCGGUGUGCGGUUCAUCUUGAGCGUAACUAUGCGAGUGUGUGUAUGAUCAGAGAUGCAUUAACAAAUCCAUUACCAAGAAAUCCAUUAUUAUGGUUGCGUUUAUAACGUUGCUUUCUUAAUCACAUUACCCUUAAUAACUUAAUUCAGUGAAGAUGUCGAAAGACCUCGGUUUUUACCAUUUAAAGAGAUAUUGUUUGAAAUGUAAAACUUGGCCCAUUUCGCGAGGAUUUCGAGGACUCCUACCCGCUAUCAUAUUAACUCUAAAUAUAAUUUUGGGGAUUCGCCCAAUAUUUAAGGAAAUAUCAAAUUUUAAGGAGGACGUUUCAAAAUGCUUAUUUAACAUUAAGUUUCUUUCAUUGGCUGGGCUCAUUAUCACUUAUAACAUCCAACUGCUUAGGAACCGAGAUGCUUUAUUCGAAAUGCUUAAUCUAUUAAGUGAUUUCAAUCAUAAUAAUGUAACCAAACGAGUUACAUUUCUUGAGAAAAAUAUGGAAUCUUUGUUGAAAACGUUUCGUUUCGUCGCGUUUAUUUCUGCAAACGUCAUUUCGUAUUACGUUAUGUGGAAGAAUAAAUGUAUUAAUUUUAUGAUCACUAAACACUGCUUUAUGUUUGAGUAUUACGUUCCGUUUCAAUUGGAGCACAGGGGAAUAAUAUUUUUAAUAAUAUUAUUUCAAAUAUAUUCGAUUAAUGUUGUAUUGAACGCAGCUAUUCUUUACACGCUACUCUAUGUUUAUUCGUUCGAAUUAUUGAUCGCCCGGACUGAAAUCCUUCAAGAAUUGAUUUCUAACAUACAUUUAUCAAAAAAUAAGAAAAGAAACUAUCGCAUUUUACGACCGAUCGUUUUGUAUCAACAAGAUUUUUUCAGGGUGUUCCAAAUCACCAAAAAUUUCUUCAUUAACUUCUUAGUACCCGUAAAAAUGUUUCAUUCAAUUUGUUUAACUGCGUCAAUCACCGACUUUGCUUUGAGAAAGGAUUUAUUAAGUGUAUUAUUGAUUAUAAUGAGCUUCUCGGCAUUAUUAAUAAGCCAUACAAUCGGGCAAAGAUUUACAACAGCGGCUGGGAAGGUGUCCGAAACGACUUAUAACAUAAACUGGUAUGAAGCCGAUGUCUCAACUCGAAAAGACGUUUUAAUUUUGCUCUCUAUGAGCCAAAAGGUCCUCAUGGUGGAAUUGCCUUUAUUUGGUAGCUUAUCCCAUGUAGCUGCAGCAAAA